AUGGCGAAACCAACAGCAGCUGCAGGUGUCACUUGGAAAGAGAGCAAUUUAUGGAAAAUGGUUUUUUCCGUGGUCGGAAUCAUGACCACCCUUGUUACCUACGGUGUCUUACAGGAAAAGAUCAUGAGAGUACCAUAUGGGGUGAACAAAGAAUAUUUUAAAUACUCGCUGUUUCUUGUUUUCUGCAACCGCAUCACAACAUCUGCUGUAUCUGCAGGUGCUUUGCUGGCAAGUAAACAAGCCUUGGACCCAGUGGCUCCAGUUUACAAGUACUGCCUUGUGUCAAUAUCAAACAUACUAACCACAACAUGUCAGUACGAGGCCCUCAAAUAUGUCAGCUUUCCUGUCCAGACACUUGCUAAAUGUGCGAAAAUGAUACCUGUUAUGGUUUGGGGCACCAUAAUUAUGCAGAAGAUAUACAGAGGACAUGACUAUUUGUUGGCUUUUCUAGUGACGCUGGGCUGUUCAAUAUUUAUUCUAUAUCCGGCAGCAUCUGAUAUCAGUCCAUACAGUAGAGGAAGGGAAAACACCGUUUGGGGUGUCUCCUUAUUGAUUGGUUAUCUCGGGUUUGAUGGAUUCACAAGCACAUUCCAAGACAAACUUUUUAAAGGCUAUGAUAUGGAGAUACACAACCAAAUAUUCUACACAACAUUGUGUUCUUGCAUUCUUAGCUUGACAGGUUUUAUAUUACAAGGACAUCUACUUCCAGCAAUAGAUUUUGUUUCUCGCCAUAAUGAUUGUUUCUUGGACAUUUUAUUGCUUUCCACUGUCGCAACAAUAAGUCAAUUUUUCAUUUCUUACACAAUCCGAAAUUUUGGGUCCCUUACAUUUGCCACCAUAAUGACGACAAGACAGUUGGUGAGCAUCAUGCUGUCAUGUGCGUGGUUUUCCCAUCCCCUUAGCUGGGAACAGCGGAUCGGAGCUGUUACAGUCUUCGGUGCCCUUUAUGCAAAAGGCUUCUUGAAACCACCUUCAGAAGCUUCGGAAAAUGGAGCUUCUAGUCCUGUGAAGCCGAAUCCAUGAUGAGGGUCAGUUUUAAGCUUCCUAGCUAUGAGGUCUGGAAUUCAAGACUGUCUAACAUUUAGGUAAUAGGCAGCUUUAAUUUUAAAGCAUAAAGCUGCAUGUUGGAAACUGAGAAAGGCUAAUGCACAAGUGAUUUUACAUAUAAACCUAGAGAGAGUAUCGCAUGCAUGCACACGCAUCUCUCUGGAUCCGCAGCAUCAAUUCUCAUAUACACAAGGAUCCUACGAGUCCACAUUUGUUUAAUUUAUUUAUGUAGUCUUGAAUGGGAAUGAAUGAUGAGAGAACGAGAGAUUGAAAGAAAAGGUUUUGAGGUUUAUUGUUGUGCUCAUUAUGCACUUUGAGGCCGUAACAUACAUUUUUUAUGUUGUAUAUGUCAUGUGUA